AUGCCUGUUAUACCGUGGGCUGUGUUUGGGGAGGGCUCUCGCAAGCAGACGGAAGAUGUACAGACCAGCUGCUUCUGUGUUUCUCCCCCUAAGGGGCCCCCCUCUCCUCUCCUGGCGGCACCAGGGGCCCAGCAUGCAGCUUCUAGAGAGUUUCGCCAUAGACAACAAAAGCAGCAGAAGCAGCAGAAGCAGCAGAAGCAGCAGAAGCAGCGGCUCAUCAGUGAGCUGCUGGAGGAGGCUCUAGAGGAAUACAGCGAAGACGAAGAUGAUGCCGCGGCAAUCAACAGCAGCAGCAGCAGCAGCAGCAGCAGCAGGGCAACGCCAUUACCAGUGGUUGUGCCUGCUGUCUUUGGGAGAUACCCCUACGAUGGAGUUGCUGCUUCUGCUGCUGAGGUCCCCUCUAUUCUGUUGCGCUGCAAGCGAGCAGAGGAGCAGCAAGAGACGCUGCUGCUGGCAGCAGCAGCAGCAGUAUCUGCAGCAAUGCAGGAGCAGCUGCAGAGCAUCUGCCGAAUCGUCCGAACCCACGCAACUGUGGGGGCUUUCGAGCGGCUGCAGCCCGAGGCUGCUUGUGCUGCCUCUACUCCUAACAGCAGCAGCAGCAGCAGCAGCAGCAGCAGCAGCACUAGGAGGGGAAGAAGCAGCCUUUGUGAGUUCCUUCCCGUUGUCAUUAUGCAUGUGGGAGCAGAUGUUGAGGACCACCGGUUGGCGGUGCGGAUGCUGCAGCUGCAGCUGCAGCAGCAGUCGAAGUGCUGCUGCGGGGGCAGACAUAGCAGCCGCGUCAGCAGCAACAGCAGCAGCAACCGCGAUGAUGAACUGUUUUUGAGGCAAGUUGUGUUGAGAGCAAUGAGCUGCACCAACGCUCAGGCGGCGUUGCGUGCGGUGUACGCACAGCUCAAGGCGAGCAGCUGCUGCAGCACGUGCAUCGGCCGCAACAGCAGCAGCAGCAAUAGUGGCAGCAGUGGCAGCAGAUCAGAGGAAGCCGGAGGGGAUGCAGCGGCAGUCCCCGAGGAGGUUGCUGCUGACGCAGCUGCUUCUGCAGCAUGGGGCGAAUUCGAGGGUUUGUGGGCGCAGCAGCAGCAGCAGCUGCUGCUGCGGUGUCUCGAGGGAGCGGCAGAAGAUAGUAGCAGCAGCAGCAGCAGUGCACAAGGCCCCAUACCUGCACCUGUAGCAGACGAGGAUGAUGGGAGUUACUGGGGCCCAGACCAAAGCAGCAGACUGGGGCAGCUCUGGCGCAAGCUGCUGCAGCAGCACAACAGAGGCUUCUGCUGCAGGUGGCGCAGCAAGGGGGAGGGAUGCUCGGUGCGCACCCGCUCUCAGCGGCAGGCAGCAGCAGGAAGCAGCAGCAGCAGCAGCAGCGAGAGCUCCUCGGCUGAGAGUGGCGACGACAGCAACCGUAGCCCCGGAGCAGCAGCAGCAGCAGCAGCGAGAGCUCCUCGGCUGAGAGUGGCGACGACAGCAACCGUAGCCCCGGGCAGAAGUCUAGCAGCAGGAGCCCUCUUCGCCGCCGCCGCCGCCGCAGCAGCAGCAGCAGCGACAGCAGCAGCAGCAGGAGCAUCUUGGUGA